AGAAGAGGCUCAAACUGGUGGAGACCGGUCUCAAAUUUUCUUGAGAUUCUUUUCCAAACUCCACACGAUGUCGUAGAAGAGAGGAGACAGAAAUAGAAUAAAGUCCUCUCAGUAGUGUGUAGUCAAGCCUUCUGCCUGUGAGCCUGCCUGUGAUUGGUUCAGCCAUGGAGGUUCAGAAGGAGUGGUGGAAGACGCAGCUCGCAACCGAUAUUCAUGAGACACUCCGCACCAAGGAGGCAGAACUCCCGCCGUUCAAGGGUCUGUCCCCCCAGUUGGGCUUACGCAGGUAUCUGGUGGACUGGUUGAGCAUCAUUAAUGAGAAGCAGGGUGUCCACUGCACGGCGCUCCACCUGGCCGUGUACCUGCUGGACCAGUUCAUGGACAGCUACGACAUCCAGGAGAGCAGGAUGCACCUGGUGGCCCUGGGCUGUCUACUGGUGGCAUGUAAGUUUGAAGAGGAGGAGAGAAGAGUACCUCGGAUCAAGAAGCUGAACCAGUACGUCCGGGAAGUCUACUCUGAGGAGGAGUACCUGCAGAUGGAGCUGACCAUCCUGAAGUUCUUCCAGUGGAACAUCUCGCUGCCCACCCCAGCACACUUCCUGGACUACUACAUGACAGAGGGGGUGUCACAGUCCGACCUACAUGCAGGGUACCCUGUGUGCUCCGUCAACAAGAGCAGGCUGUACCUGGAGAAGUACUGUCACUACUUCUUGGAGGUGUCCUUACAAGACCAUUGUUUCCUGGUGUUCCGUCCGUCUGUGAUCGCGGCGGCGUGCGUGGCGGCCUCCAGGAUCUGCCUGCACCUGUCUCCGACGUGGACCAGCCGUCUCCAUGGGAUCACCGGGUACCGCUGGGACCACAUCGCGCCGUGCAUCGAGACCAUGCUCAAGGUCCAUGAAAUGGAUGUCAAAGCCACAAAGACAACCAAAGAGACCAAGGACAGCGUCUCCAGUGCCAUGAUGUACGAGAGAGGUAAACACAGUGGCUACAACAGAGGUUACGCUGUCUGCAUAUCAUAGUGGGACCUCCACAUUCUCAGGGUUUAUCAGACGUGCCACUAUGUGUGAACUACUGUGCAAUGACACCACAGGACCAAGCUGCUCCUUUGAUUUCAGAAAGUGUGAAGAUCAUAUGGGUGCUACUGGAAAGUGUACUCAGGAGAGUAGUGUUACAUAGUUUCAUAAAUAUGACAGUACCGGUACUCUAAUACAAUGUUCUAGAUACAUGAAGGAUUAUACGAAUGCAUAUCAAAAGUUAUAUUCCACAUGUUCUUAACCUUACCUCACCGAGGUGGCAUCACUUUCAUCACAGCGUAAGUCAACAGGGAGAAAGUCAAGGAAAAGGGGUAGACUUUUGUUGCAGACCUUGGACUAUUCUUUUGACAUACCAUACCGAUACUUAAACUUAAAGCAUGAGGGAUCUUUUUCUUUUGUGGCAUCUUCAUUCUAUUAUUAAUGAUUAUCUCAGGUGCUCUUUAUUCAUGUUGCAUUUUUGUUGAAAACGUUGCAAAGGUAUGGAAAACAGUUCUCAAGAUUAUUCUACUUCAUGAGAUUGUUUUUGUUCCAAGAUCCUGAAAUGCUUUCAAAUAAGUUUAUAGGUUAUUUCUUUACACUGUAACAUUUGACUGCCCGGUAUAAAGAUGACUCAAAAGCAACUAUGUGGAAGUAGAGUACAGCAUGUGAUGUUCACAUGUAGGUCUUCCAGAAGAUAACACAGAGGAAUUAUCCUGUGCUUUACUCAGAGGUUGUAGAAACAGAGAUAUACUAUAUCAAAGAGUUUAUAUUUUGAAAACGAAGCAAGAAAAAGUGAUACUAGAUCAGUCAUUGUAAAAGAUGGCAAGUAUGACACACUGGUUACUGGUGCUGUACGAAGCCAUGCAGUAGAUAGACUGUUAUUUUGUUGUAAAAGAUUAUUAUUUUUUUGUGUUUCAGCUUAUAUAUGCGUUUAGUCAAGCCUAUGUAUGAUGUAGAAAGUUCAAGAUGGGGAGAUAGCAAAGAAAAGUACUAGUAACUGCUUGACUUAUUGCAGUUCAAGUUUGUUUUCUUUCAAAACAUUUGUUAGUUUAAAAAAACUACAGCAGAAAAGGUAACUUCUGUCUUACCAAAAAGUAUUAUGCCAUUACAAAAAAAAGUGCAAUUACCUGUACUGCACCUGAACUAUAUUCUGUGAAGAACUAAGGGAAAUAUUGUCAGUACAGCAAGACCGUUCAAACUGAGUUUAAGACAUUCAUCGAGCCAUAGAAUAUUCUUUUUAUACAUUUUGGAGUCUUAGUUUCUGGCAAGCAUUACAUUUGCUCUAUUCAUACCGCAUUACAGUUACAUGUAUUUAACUUUGUUGCAUUGUUCUUUUGCAUCUGCAAGUCUAUCCAUUGACCACUUGAAGACAGUAAAAUAAUGCUGGCAUUUUACAGCCUGUAGUCCAGUUUUGUUAACUCUGUGGUGUCCAUGUUUUUGAGUGGAUGGCUGAGUAGUGUGUGUUACUAGUAGCUUGAUCACCCAUGGUGUUGUGAAUGAUUUUUUGUAACAUUAAGGUUUUCAGAAGUAGCUACCUACUGACAAUUGUGUGAUUAAAGAAAAGGAGAUGACAGUUGACAUAUAUGUAUGCCUUAAGACUUGGGUGACACAGGUUCAUGAAGCAACAACUUGUUGCUUCUGGACUGUAGUUAUGGUGAUCCCACUCCAAGUGCAAGGCAAAAAGUGAGACCAGACAAGUUGCUUUAUUUGCCUUUCUAUAGUCCAUUAGAGUUAUACAUAAAAGCAACACCCUUUACAUCAAGCAUAAUGUUUCAAGGACAACUUGCUUUGCCUAUUUAUAUAUCAUAUAGAUCUGGAUCCUGUAAGAUCCAUAACACAGAACUUAGUCCAUCUUUGAUAAUAAUGUGGCAUAUAACCUUCAGUUAUCUUGUGGCUCCUUGAAUAACGAC